AGCCACCGGUAUUUCCCACUAGUUGCCAAAUGUGUAGCGUCCUGCUGGGUGAAGUUUGCAAUGAAGCAACUGACCCUAACAGCACAAGACAUACAUGGCAUCCUUCUCAGAUCACCUUACGACAAAGAGCACCAGGCGUUACAGGCCCUGGAGCUGUGGAGAGAUAGGCGUGGCAAAAAGGCCUGUAAAGUGAAGCUGGCAGACGCUUUGAGGAAGGGAGGGUUUCAACAGACUGCAGAUGAGCUUCACAGAUACGACGGUCAAGAAGUUAACAUCAGCGCAAAGAAACCCACAUACGUUACUGACGGCAUCGAGAGACGAAACUCAAAUGAGCAGGAAACGGGAAAGAUUGGUACCAGGACACAACAAGCAAAGUCGAGGACAUCUAAAAGUUCUGAGCCAACGGCAACAACUUCAUUGCCAGGUCAAUACCAUGAACCGUCAACUUCAACAAGUAGGGAAGAAUCAAAGUUUCACAAAGAAUUUCCUUCCAUGCAACAAUCAGAUGUCAAAGACAAAAAACAACGAAAGAGAAAGAAAAUAAGAAACCGGGGUAAUCACACACAGAGUAAAGCUGCAAGAUUGCAAGCAAAGAUAAAGCCUGAACCUGAGGCAAGAGGGAAACUUGUGUCUGUAAAAGAUGAAAAGGGCAAGAAAGGUACACAUGACCUACCUCAUGAUAAAAACACCAUUUAUCACACUGUACUCGAGACUGGUGAAAGAAUUUUUGACAAGAAAACUGUUCAGGACUAUGAUGAGUUUGACAGAUGCGUGAAAUCAUUUGAACCUAUUGCAGCAGCAGUGCCUGAUGAUGAGGUCAGAGAAAUUCUUCAGUCAAAAUUGCAGACCUGGGUAAAGUUGAGAAUAAAAGUCAGGGUUAGAGAAAAAAUUGCAGAAGUGGCUCAGAUUCUUUUUAGAGACAAAGUACUUGAUCCAAAAAAUAAAGAAUUUUAUUACAAAAUGGCAGAUUGUUUCGCUCGAUUUCAAGCUGCUCUCAUAAAGGCAGAGCGAGGAUGUGUAUUUUGCCACCUCGACUUCCCCGAUGCCGGCUGCUAUGACACAUUUUGGCACGGGUACUGUGACGGGAGCCUGUCUGACACCCUAACCCAGGAACUGAUCACAGACGACAUGAGGGCAGCAGAGGGAGGAGCAGACUUGUACAUAGAUGUCCGAGUUUCCUACUCUGCUACAGGGGAAGAUGACUUCCAAGAUCAGGACCCAAGUGGCUCAACGGGCCAAGGCUCUCAACAUCCGGGUCCAUCUCGGGAACAUCCAGGACAGGGUCCCACUGCACCAAGUAGUAGCCAUGGUGACGACGACACGCCUCUGGGUUACCAUGGUGAUGAUACAGGCGACACUGGGCGGCAGGUGUCAGGUGGUGAAGGCACCAUACAGGUGAAGGAAGAGCCAGAUGAACAGGGAACAGGAGCCAGCUUCAUGACGGAAACAAUAAAAUCAGAAGUAGACACACAGCUGUACACAAUUGCUGACCAUUUGGGUUCAAUGUGGGAGCGGCUGGCUACAACUCUUGGCUUCAAAACUGACUACAUCCGGGACCUCACAGACAGACUGCCCCCUUACCUCCGCGCUCGCCAACUGAUACAUGAUUGGAUAGAAAGGAACGAUGGUGACGUCACUCUGGACCAGUUGGUGCAAGCCCUGAGGGAUGCUGGGAUACACGAGGUGGCAGAUGCAGUGGAGUCUGGUCAGCUUUUUGCAGCAUCAGCAACCUUUGAGACUGCAAAAGAGAAACGAAGUGAGGACAUGGAUACAGACCGGCCUGGCGGCGACGAAAGAUCCAAUGAAAGUUUAUCAGAUGACACGGACAGUGAGUCAUCAGCUCCAGGUGGUUUCCAUCAUGGUAAUAUGGCAGGAGGAGCGUUUUCUGUAGAACAUGAGCGCCCAUCUCUAGAGUCUGGGUCACAAAGCAUCACCUCCAUGUAUCCAACCGGUGAAGACGCCUUGGCCUGGAAUGACUGUCUCCAGGACUUCUUCAAGACUGAUGAGAACACGACAAGGAUAAUCCAGGAGAGCUGGCCAAGUAACCUACUAGUCAAGCACCUCAUCAGGGACAGGUUUUUCCACUCCUACCUAUGUGAAUACUGGAAACACUAUAAAUGCUUUCCCGACACUCUAGCAGCUUUUGUAGAAUUUGUUACCAAAGUAUGUGCAAAACACUUCUGCUUAGCAAAACUCAAAAUUAGUGAUUUUGAGUCUAUCUAUGAAAGUCACUGCCUCGUGUUGGGAAAGGCAGCUUACGAGAAUGAAACAAAAUAUCAGCAACAUCUUGUUCAUCACAAUCAACUAGAAUGGGAUGAUAUUCGGCGAUCUAGUUUUGGACUUUUACAGUCAGUAUCUACGGGCAGCGUUAGCAGUGGUUCUUUCCAGUUUGUGCAUGACUACAUACGGCAAUUUCUUAUUGCAAUGUGGAUAGCACACAUUUUUAAAACUAAGGCUGACCAUGAGAAACAGUUCAGGGAUUUCGUUAAAAAAUCACACAGUCUUCAACUCAGCUGCUACUGUGUAGCCCACCUACUUGGCCAGUCCGACAGCCAUACGAACCUGCUGAUGCAAUAUGUAGACUUACUAAUUAAGGCAGACACUGAACAAGGGGAAUUUGACCACUUAUUGUACGCCGUUACUAUAGCUGCGGAGUCAAAACAAUUUGACAUACUUACACCCAAAGUGAAAUGCUUUUUCCCAGAGAAAACCCUUGAUUUAUCUUCUUCCCCAGAAAUUUCCUUCCAUGGACUCCACAGCCUGAAAAAUGUCAUAUCCAAGAAAUCAAUUAUUACCAAGAUACAGCUCCCAAACAACAUAAAAAGUGAAGACUUGCAAAAUAUGUACCCAUUCUGCAGACGCGGAAGUCCCCAAAGUAUCAGUCAUAACCAUCAAAUCCGUUGUUUAAGUUAUCUGCUUUUAUUCCCGACUGACACAACAGAUGUCGAUACACUAAACUUUAAGAGAACUGACAGUGUCUUACAAGUUAAACAUAUUCAGAAGUACCUUUUGUGUAGCCCCUCGCUGCAAGCACUAAGCAUUAAAAAGGAAGGAAUCAAUUCGAAGGCGUUUAUAGAAAUUGCCCAAUAUUUUCUAUUUACCCCAUCCCUCACCUCAUUAGCAGUCCGAUGCAAUAGGAUAUGGACACAAGAAAUGAAAACAAACGCAAGAAGAUGCCUUGCAUCAUGUAGGAACUUAAAGAUUGUGAAACUUCCUUAUUUCCUUGUGGUAGAAAUGCCUUUCCAGCAUUGCCUGGAGGAGAUAGAUCUCAGUCACAAUUACCUUGGUCGUGAGGAAGUGCCAGGUUUGGCAGAAAGUCUCGGAUUUUUUCAGGACCUGAAGAGGCUGGACCUGAGUUAUAAUAACUUGACUGGUAGCGGAGACUUCUUACCGGCGUUACCCAAGUUGAGGGUAAUAAACCUUAGCCAUAAUUCCCUCCGUGACAAGUCAGUUUCUAAUUUGGCUGAUGGUUUUCGUUCAUGUCAGAACUUAAAGAAAAUAAACCUUAGCCAUAACAAGUUCUCUAAAAGGGGUCAUCUCUUGAAAUCCCUCCCCAACCUAGAGGAGAUAGAUCUAAGUCACAACGCCUUACGUGGUGAGGCAGUACCUGGCAUUACUGAAGGUCUUGGCUCGUGUCGGAACCUUAUGAAGGUAAACCUUAGUCACAACGGGUUUCCUAUCAAUGAAGGCUUCUUACCCUCUCUCCCAAAAUUGGAAGAGAUAGAUCUCAGUCACAAUGAUAUCAUCGAUGUGGAAGUGUCUCGUAUUGCUAAAGGUCUUGAUUUAUGCGAGAAUUUGAAGACAGUCAAUCUCACUAAUAACAAGAUCUCCAAUAAGGGAGCAUUGCUCUUGUUGCUACUAGAGCGAUGUAAACAGUUACAAGUGGAUAUAUCGGGAAACAACAUAAGUGAUGACAUUGUGUCUCUCCUUGAAAAAAGAACAGACGCCAGCCAGGUUGUAAAAUUGCAUUUAUCGGCAGAGAACACUGAGGCGGGUGUUGUUCCUCUAUCUGUUGCUACUGUCACACUCUUGCAAGAGUUCCUCCCACAGAUGUCGAAAUUAGAGGAGAUAGAUCUCAGUGGUGGCAGCAUUGUUGAUGCAGCAUCGCCCUGUCUUGCUGAAGGUCUCGCUUCGUGUCAAAACCUGAAGAAGUUGAACCUUAGUCAUAACGAAUUGUCUUGCAGGGGAGACUUUUUACCUUCUCUUCCCAACUUGGAAGAGAUAGAUCUAAGUCAUAAUACCAUCAAUGAUGAAGCUGUUCCUGGUCUUGCUAAAGGUCUUGGUUUAUGUCCAAAAUUGAACAAAGUCGAUCUUUCGUUUAACAGAUUAUUGAAUAAGGGAGCUUUGCUAUUACUGUUACAACAAACAUCUACCCAGUUGCUGAAGAUAGAGAUUGCAGGAAAUGAUGUAAGUGAGAAGUUAAGACAUCUGUUGUUGAACAGACCCCGGAGCAGAACAGAGGUUAAAAAAUUUGACCUCAUGCAUACAGGUAUUUUAGACAAUGUCACCACAUUUUCUGUUACUGAAGCCCUCAUUUUACUACAGUUCCUCUCACAGCUUACCAACAUGGAGGAGUUAGCACUUUGUGUCAGCUAUCAGGAGGAUAGAGGGUAUGAACAUAUCAGCCAACUGAAUGAAGAUCCACAUCCAUUAAAGAAGCUUAGACUUAGCCUAAGGGGCUGGUCAGUAGGUACCGCGAUGCUCUUAACGAAGAUGUUUCAACAGUUUUCUUUGUUAGAAGAAGUAGAUCUCAGUGGCAGUGACAUUGGGGAUGUGGCAGUGCAUGGUCUCACUGAAGCUCUUACCUCAUGUCAAAACUUGAGAAAGGUUGAUCUUAGUCAUAACAGGCUAGUUGAUGUUGGGGCACUGAUUGAAUCAUUCUCCAAGCUUGCCAAACUGUCCAAUGUAUAUAUUGAUACAAAUGCCAUCGAUGACAACACCCUCCCCAUUAUAGCCGCGUGGUUAAAUCAUACCAUUGCCAUGAAGGAAAUCAAGCUUCAUUAUAAUAAGUUCAGUGCUGAAGGGGUUAGGGAUUUUGUGGAAAUUAUCAAAGGUCGAGCUCAACGGCUUUUAUCUGAUGAACUCCUGUAUGACGGCACUCAAGGUGUGGAAUCAGACGGGGAGAAUGUAUGGUGGGGAGAACAACAGUUGGAGAAGUUGAGGAGGGAGAGGGGGUUGAUUGUUGUGAAAGUCGGGCAGCUGACUGUUCGGAUUUCUCACGAAGGUAACCGAUCGUAACCUUAUACCAUGUCUUCCAUCCCCCAGUAUAACCAUUUGACCUAUACGGAGUUGUGUAUCGGUGGGUAUCUCUCCAUAUGCGCGUCUAGUCUUGCAUAAAAUGCGUUGCGUCUCGUGGCACCGUCACAACGUGAUGAUGUGCUACCAUGUAGCACUGAUAGAACAAAAUACUAACUUGAGCGCAGUGUCACAUGCAUUGUCUUUUUCUUAAAGCAAAUGGAGAAGGUGAUAGUUCAAAGAGCAGUUAUGAUAAGAGUUUUCAAAAAAUUGAAAUCAAAAUUUCAUUUUGGCGGAAAAAUUGGAAAGAGGGGAUGUCAUCUCAUUUUGUUUUUUCAACAUAGGAUUCUUGAAUCUCCUUAUGGUGAAAAAAAUGAACCCUACUCUGUCCUUGUUUUCAUCCGAGGUUGAACCCUUUUUGCUGAGUUUUAUACCAUUGCUAUCACAUGCCAAUGUAGUUAACCUGUUUUUCAAAGAGAAUGUACCUACCAUUAAAAAACAUGAGAGGAAUAACACCCUUAUUAAUCACUUUAUCUAUAUAGUGGAGAAAGAUAAUUUGAAUUCCUAUAAUUUAAAACGAAAACUCGUUCAUGUUCGGAAGAUAAGAAUGGCUUCUG